AUGGAUGCUAAAGAAAGUUUUAAAUGGUUGGUGAAUGAAAUCAAUGAAAGAAAAGAUGGUGGAGAUAAAACAAUCAUCUACUGCCAAACAAUAAAACAGUGUUCUUUGGUGUAUGGCACCCUGAGAUCUAUGUUGAUAGAGUUGGUUGCUAAUGGAAAACCAAAACUUGAAAUGCUUCAUUCCUGUACUCCAAAACAAAAUAAGGAUGCAAUAUUGGAGUCAUUCAAAAGACUGGAUGGUCAUGUGCAAGUCUUGGUGGCAACCAUAGCAUUCAGCAUGGGAAUAGACUGUAAAUGUGUCCACCGCACAAUACACUUUGGCCCCUCAAAAAACUGUGAGGCCUUUAUCCAAGAGACUGGUCGUGCUGGAAGAGAUGGGAAGUCUAGUUUUUCUUAUCUUUUGUACAAAGGCAUUAUGCUGAAUCAUUUGGAAAGGGACAUAAAAGAAUAUGUCAAAGCUACAACCUGCAGGAGACAGGUGCUUAUGAAACAUUUUAGCAAGAACCAUAUUGUAUUUUCUGGAGACCUCCAUGCUUGCUGUGAUAAUUGUGCUAAAGCUUGUGAAUGUGGUAGUGAAAAUUGUGAAAGUUACACUGAUUUUAUGGUUAUGGAGACAGGUAUUGCAUCAGAAGAGAAAAGGCGUUCUGUUAGUGAAGACCAGAAAAAAGAACUCUCAGGAUUACUAAAAAAGUACCACAAGAAACUAUUAAUGGAUCUGGUACGAAAGUCAGCACAUGGCAUGGUCCAAAGUCUGAUUAGCAUAAAUUCUCUUCUGGGGUUUGGAGAAACAUAAAUCGACCAGGUGCUAGAAAACUGUGAAACUUUAUUUUCUUUUGAGGGUGUCACAGAUAAGAUUGAAAUAUGGAACAUCUGUCAUGCAAGAGAAAUAGUUGCUAUGCUUGCAGAAGUAUUUAAUGAUAUUGAUGUAUCUUGUGAGCAUAUGGUCGAUAUGAGACUGGGCACUAGCGAUGAUGAAUUAGAUGACGAAGUAAUUGGAGAAUGGGCUGCUCUAGCUGAGGACGAAGAGCUCUUUGCCUUGAUGGCAGACAAUUUAUCUUGGUCUGCAUUAGAGAGCACAGUAAAUGAGUCAACCCACAUGCAGUCUCCUGACUCUUCUGGCUUAUCACCUGCUGCUCUGACUGCACUUACAAAUCUGAGUAGAAAAAAUGUAUACCACCAGUAGGUGUAUGACAUGGCUUAUGUUAUUCUUGUCAGAGCUGGGUAUCAAGUGAAGGAAAAAGGCAGAAAAAUCUGUAACGCAACGUUUACAUUUAAGAUUCAUUGGCAUAUAACAAAUUGCAAUACAGACACUUAGAGCGGCAAAAACUUAACUGAACACAGUAAGCGAUUCUGGAGGUGACUUUGAAAACUCGAAUUAAUUUUAUAGAGUGUGUAUGACCUCAACAUUAGCUGUUUUGGCCCACAGCACACUAAUUGCUCUACUCUUUAGUUUGCAUUGCAAACAAGAAAAAGACCCAGGAGGAUUGUAUGACAAUGAUAAGGAAAUCUCUGUCAGCAUGAUAAGCCUUUGAUGGAUCAACUGUUACAUUUCGGCGGUUAAUAGUGGUUCUGUCAGCAUACAUAGUGCACAGAUCCCCAUCACUCUGGGCUGAGUAGAAUCGUUUGAACAGCAACUGCAAACAAUUAAAAUAAAAUACCAUAAAAACUAAGCAGGAGAGAGAAUUUUUUCAGCAUUUUGUCUAAAAUAUGGAAAACAUUGCCUAAUAAAAUUUAAACCCAGUAA